UUAAGAACAAUAUAGCGGCCAUUAAUGUUGAAACUGGCAUCAUGAUCGAAUCAUUUUUGCCAUGGAGAUCUCUCUCUCAUGUGUAUAUAAUUAUGCAGUUCAAGUAUAUAGAUAUAUAAAUAUAUCUUAUGCCUGAAAAGUUUAGUUUGUGUGGAAGGGUUAUCUUUUGUUCGAUGUGUUCUGCAUUUACAGAGGUCCAAGAACCAAACUCAACCAUCGGGCCUCCCGUCACUGAUCAACCGCCACUUGUGGGACUCAAACGUUGGCAACGGUGGCUCUUGGUGGUGCUCAACAUUGCCUUCCUUCUUAUAGGCCAAUCUGGUGCGGUUAUACUCAGUAGACUCUACUAUGACGGAGGAGGAAAAAGUAUAUGGAUGGCGACGCUCAUCCAGAGCGCCGCCUUUCCAGUUCUCUUCCUCCCUCUCUGCUUCUUUUCCUUCCACAAAAAUCAUCCCCCUACCCCCACCAUCCCCGCGUCACCUUCCUUUCGCACCCUCUCCAUGGUUUACUUGUUUCUUGGUGCUCUUCUUGCUGGGGAUAACAUGUUGUACUCAAUUGGACUCCUCUACCUUCCUCUCUCUACCUACUCUUUGAUUUGUGCCGCACAGUUGGCUUUUAACGCGAUAUUUUCCUUCUUCAUUAAUUCCCAGAAGUUUACCAUGUUAAUUCUCAACUCUGUAAUCCUUGUAACCUUAUCAUCGUGCCUCGUUGCAGUCCAUUCCGAUCCAACGGACUCCAAUACUAGAGAGAGGAUCAAAGGGAAAAGCACAGUCGGCUUUUUAUGCACUCUGGGAGCAUCAGCAGCUUACUCCCUACUGCUCUCUCUCAUGCAAUUCGCCUUCGAAAAAAUUCUGAAAAAGGAAACAUUUGCAGUGGUCUUGAGCAUGCAGAUUUAUACUUCCCUCGUCGCUUCUUGUAUCUGUGUCGUCGGGUUGUUUGGCAGUGGGGAAUGGAGGGGGCUGAGGGAAGAAAUGGAAGGUUUCGGAAGAGGGAGUGUGUGUUAUGUUAUGACUCUGGUAGGGGCAGCUCUGGCUUGGCAAGUUAGCUAUGUUGGUGUUGUGGGGCUGAUUUUUAUGGUGUCUUCCCUCUUCUCUAAUGUUAUUAGUAUACUGCCACUGCCACUUGUUCCUGUCUUUGCUGCCAUGUUUUACCAUGAAAAUAUGGAUGGGGUGAAGGUAGUGGCUAUGUUUUUGGCUAUCUGGGGAUUCGCUUCUUACCUCUACCAGAAUUUUCUUGAUGAUCAUACAUGAAAAAAGACGGGAAAUAUUUCUGUUUAGGGAUAUUCAAAGAAUUGUUCAAAAGAACUAUAGUAUGUUUUAAAUUUUUGCAGUAUACAUAUAUAUAUAUAUAUAUUUAGAUUUUGUGCUGUA